AUGCAUGCCAACCUACUACGUAGUACGCCAUCUCGGCUUGUCCUACAUGACUUGAUACAUGCCAGGACGGACGAGAGAGCUGCUGCAGCUGCAUCGCGCAAGUUACUACCUCUUGCUGCCUUUAUGUCAUGCCCUGGUAGUACGCAGUACUUUGUCAACUUUCACAACCAUUCAAAGCUUGAGACUCUGGUGCUCUCCGACGCCGAACCCAUGGACGGCGUUGAUGCGACUUCUUCUCCCACAGAGCCCUAUGACACGGGCGGCGGGCCUCUGAAGCUGCUCAAAUGCCUCGCUCUUGCCAGUCAACGUGGUCUUCGCAGGCCGUUCGCCAGAUGGGGUGUGGCCACCGACAGUGCCUACAAAGGUAUUGUGUCGAUUCACUGGUGUAGCCCCUUCCCUUUCGACAUGGGGGAUGCGUUUACCGGAGAGGCGACCGGGUUUGUCGUCGCUAUCCGUGGUCGCACAGGGCUUAUUUUGACGAAUCGUCAUGUUGUUGGCCCCGGGGGGUUCUGGGGUUUCUGCAUUUUCACGAACCAUGAGGAGGUGCCCGUUGUACCAAUCUACCGAGACCCCGUCCACGAUUACGGCAUCUUGUUGUUCGACCCCACACUCCUCAGAGAUAUGCAAGUAAAGGCACUUCCGCUUAAACCAAAUGCGGCGAGAGUCGGCAAGGAGAUCAGACUUGUUGGCAAUGACGCCGGUGAGGGGGUGAGCAUCCUGCCCGGUGUCCUUAGCAGAAGGGACUGCAAUCCACCAUCAUAUGACUCUAGUUACAACGACCUCAAUAUCAACUACUUCCAGGCUAGCAGCGAUGCUUCUAGCGGUAGCUCGGGCAGUCCAAUCAUUGAUAUCCAUGGUUAUGCCCUCGCGAUGCAAGCCGGUGGACUAGACGACGCGGCAACAAAUUACUUCUUACCCCUCGAUCGGCCAUAUCGCGCGUUGGAGUGUUUACAAAAAGAGAAAGACAUCACUCGAGGCGAUAUCCAAUGCCGAUUCCUCCUCAAGUCUUUUGAGGAGUGCGAAAGGUUGGGUUUUCCGGACCGUUUGAGAAAGGAGGUCCAGGACAUGUUUCCAGGUCCCCAAACGACAAAUAUGAUUGUGGCAGCGACCGUUCUUCCCCAGGGGCCUUCAGACGGCAAGAUUCUGGAGGGUGACAUUCUUAUUAAGGUCAAUAGUGAGAUUGUUAUCCACUUCGCCCGCCUAGACGAAAUUUUGGACUCCAGCGUUGGCCACAGUGUUGUAUUUCUCCUGCUCCGUCAGGGUACAGAAGUUACGGCGGCGAUUGAGGUCGGCGACCUACACAAGAUUACCCCCGACCGCUUUGUUUUGUUCACCGGCAUCGGGUUCCAGACUCUUUCCUACCAACAAGCCCUCAUCCAUCGUAUCCCUUGCAAAGGCAUUGUCGUAUGCGGGGAAGGUCGUGUCCCCUGGGGACACUGGCUGAUUCAGAGGUUAAACCACCAGGCCGUCCCUAACCUCGAGUCAUUCAUCGACGUCGCGAAAACCAUCCCAGAUAGGGCAUUCGUUAAGACCAUUCGGGUCAGUCGACGCUGGUACCCGAGGAUAGAACUGGCGGUGAGAAACGACAAGACUGGGCUGUGGGACUUUGAAGUCAUCGCCAAAGCCCCGCCGAAUGCGAUUCCUCAGAGCCCUCUGACCGCCUCAUUUCCAGAGCUCAGUAUUGAGGAUCCCGCGUUUCCUAGUGUUGUCAGUUACGCCCGCAGUUUUACUCGUGUCACGUUUGACAUGCCAGUUGACCUCAAUGGCGAGAGGGCGCCUACCAGAUCGGGAGUGGGGAUUAUCAUGGAUGCAGCUCGGGGUCUUGUGUUAGUUUCAAGAGCUACUGUCCCACACGAUUUCGGCGACAUUCAUAUCACCAUUGCUGGCUCUAUCAAUGUCGACGCCAACGUCUUGUUCCUUCACCCUGAGCACAACUACUCCAUCAUCCAGUAUGACCCUUGUAUGGUUGAAGCUCCAGUGUUCAGCGCGGCACCGAGUAAAGACGAGAUACGUCAGGGUGAGAAUAUCUACUUCCUCGGCCACGACGGGAGUCUCAACGACCACAUUUUGCACGAGAAGACAACCAUUACCAAAAUCUCACCUUUAUACAUAUCUCAUGUUGCGACCUCGGCACCGAGGUACCGCCCGGUCAACUUCGACGCGAUCAGUGUCAGAUCAGGGUUUGGAAGAUCCUGUGAAACUGGCGUCCUGGUUAGCACGACCGGUACAGUCGUAGCCAUUUGGCUGAAGUACCUCGAGCAACGUGAGGAAGGGGAGGAAGUGUUCUACUGCCGGGGCUUUUCCACCAAAACCAUCUGGCCCGUAGUAUCGCAAAUCCAGGACGGACGUCAGCCCAGCCUACGAAUUCUGCCCGCUCGGUUUCGAGCUCUUACAAAGGCUGAGGCACAAGCCAGUAAUGUCUCUAGAAAAUGGAUCUCUCAACUGGAAUCUAGCCAUUCGACGCGACACCAGCUUUUGGAAGUACAUAAUCCGACCAGUACAGUCAGCUGCGAGGGCUCGGAGGACAACGAAGGCUACAUGCUCGAGUCGGGCGAUAUCCUGCUUACCCUCAACGGCAAGCUCAUCACCGAGAUGUCGCAGUUGGACUACAUGCAUUGGAGUGACAAGAAGGAGCUGGUGGCCGAAAUUGUGCGCAAUGGUGAAGAGCAGAAGCUCACGCUCCGGACCGUUGCAGCUAACGACGUGGAGUCCACACACGCUAUCUCCUUCUUGGGUGCGAUCCUGCAACCGCCGUACCACGCUGUUCGACAGGAAGUCAGAGAAUACCAUAGCGGAGUCUACGUCUCAAGGGUUCAUGAUGGCUCCCCCGCUCGGCUGUUCGGCCUCUUUGAAGGUAGCUUCAUCACCGAAGUCAACAAGUCGGAUACCCCAAAUCUAGAGUUAUUUCUCACUGCUAUAGCCAAAAUCGAGGACAAUACAUAUUUCAAUAUGACGGUAGUCUACAACGAUCAUCGUAUUGUCAAGGCCUUUAAGCAAAAUCUGCGAUACUUUCCUACUCGACGGUGGAUCAAGAAGGGGCACGAGUUUGUAUCCUCGUCAGCAACAAUCGGAAAACCUAGGGCGUGCGCGCCCUCGACAGAGGAAAGUUCGAGAGAUCGAUUAAUGAACGGGUGGGAUAUCAUCGUCUUUAACCCCAACCCACUAUCACAAUACCUACUAUGUCCAUAUAGUUACCUAAAAUGA